CGCUCCAUUUUCAAUCAAUUAUUUGUGUCAAAUGCGCUGACUUAGUCUCUUUAUUAUCAUUUCUAUUUUGAAUUAUUAAAUAUAUGCUCAGUUAUAGAACGACGAAGCGAGCAGUAUGAUGUGGAUUAUCAGUGUUUUGAGCACUUUGCCGUACCUAAUCACCAUCCUCACAAUAGCAACCUCAAACACAUCAAGUGCGUCAAUCACCUUCCAGUGCUCAUUCCAAAAAGAUUUUACAACCUUCCAUCAUGACUUUCAGUACGUCGAGUUCUAUGAAUGCUUCUUAAAGACUCCAUUUUAUAUCACAACAAGGAACUCGACAGUUGACAUUGUCUAUGGUCGACUAACAAGCCAUGCCAGUGAAAAAUCCAACAAUGACGUCACCGAGCUGUUUAUUAAUCGUAAAACAUUGCAUUUUAUGCCAACGAAUUUUGGAGAAAUUUUCAAAAAUCUGAAAUAUUUGGCAGUCUGGAACAGUCAAUUAGAGGAAAUUAAUCAGCCGGAUUUAAAGCAGUUCCCGAAUUUGGUGUAUUUGUGCCUUAGAUUCAAUAAUUUUGAAUAUCUAGAUGCUGAUUUAUUCAAAUUUAAUCCAAAGUUGGAGUUCGUCAGGCUUUUUGGGAACAAAAUUAAGGAAAUUCACACAACAGCUUUUGAAGGACUGACAAGCUUGAAGACCUUAAAUUUGGAAAGAAAUAUUUGUGUUGAUAAAAUGUUUGUGAAUUCUGAGGAUGAAGUUAAAGAAUUUGUGGAAAAUUUGCCAAAUUUGUGCCAGUUUUCAAAUGAAAUUGCCAAUUUUACUGAAAAUUCGGAAUAAAGUUGUUGAAUUAUUUGAAUUUAA